AGGGACAAUAUAUAUAUAUAUACAGCUGAGGAUGUCUGGACGUGGUAAAGGAGGAAAGGCGAAGAGUGGCAAGAGCCAAACCCGCUCAUCCAGGGCUGGUCUACAGUUUCCUGUAGGCCGUAUCCACAGAUUUCUGAGAAAGGGGAACUACUCUAACCGUGUCGGUGCCGGAGCUCCCGUUUACCUGGCCGCUGUGAUGGAAUACUUGACCGCUGAGGUGUUGGAGCUGGCUGGAAACGCUGCCCGAGACAACAAAAGAAGGACCAUCAUCCCUCGUCACCUGCUGCUGGCCGUUCGCAACGACGAGGAGCUGAACAGGCUGCUGUCCGGAGUGGCCAUUGCCAAAGGAGGAGUUCUGCCAAACAUCCAGUCUGUUCUUCUGCCCAAGAAGUCCAAGAAAUCUCAAUAUUCGUCUACUGACUAACCAGCGUGAUC